AUGGCUGCAAUGAACUCAAGUGUGUUGGCAUGUAGCUAUGUCAUGUCUGGUUCUGACCUCAACGCAAAGCUCAUCUCCAUGCCCUCUGUUGCAUCACCAGUCGGAGUCUCAGGCUCCAAGUUACCAUCCAUCAAGGCCCAGCAAGCCAGAAUCCCCAAAGCCAACCCAUCAGAAGGAAGGAGAAAUGCCCUUGCCUUAUUAGCAGCUACUCUUUUUACCACUGCUGUUUCAGCCUCCGAUUCUUCUGCUAAUGCUAGUGUAUUUGAUGCAUACCUCGAAAAGAGCAAGGCCAACAAGGAAUUGAAUGACAAGAAAAGGUUAGCUACUAGUGGAGCAAACUUUGCAAGAGCAUAUACAGUGCAAUUUGGUACUUGCAAGUUUCCUGAGAAUUUCACUGGUUGCCAAGAUCUUGCUAAACAGAAGAAAGUACCGUUCAUUUCUGAAGAUUUGGAACUUGAAUGCGAAGGAAAAGAUAAGUUCAAGUGUGGUUCUAAUGUUUUCUGGAAAUGGUGA